GGGCUGCUGUACCCCGCCCGCCUGCGGGCGCUGGACCCCGCCACCGGCACCUGCCUGGUGGAGUUCGACGGCUACGGUAACACUGAAGAGCGGGUGCUGGCCGAUCUCCUGCCCCCCGGACCUGGACCCUGGGGUGGGAGCAACACCCCAGGGGGCGAGGGUCCCCAUGCAGAGUCCCACCAGCUGAGCACCCCCUCGUCGUGGGAGCUGCCCCCAGGUGUGAGGAGGAGGAAGGGCAAGCAGGGGUCCUGCUCCCCCUGGUCCCCUGAAGUGAUGCCCCCACUGUGGCCCUUGGCCCUACUGCACUCUUUGUGGGAAGAAGAGGAGGAGGAGGAUGCCUUGACUGCGAUGCUGAUGGCCUGGUACAUGAGCGGGUACCACACCGGCUUCUACAUGGGCCUCCAGGAAGGCCGGGUGGAGGCUGCCAAGCUCCCCCUGAGGCAGGGCCACACGUACAAGAAGCUCCUACACAGCUAG